CAAGGGUCUAGUGGCUGCCUGGACCGAAUAAAUUAUCCUUACCAUCUCCACCAGGUUGCUAUUGUCUUGUAAACAAAGUGGCUAGCUAGCACAGUUAGCAUCAGCUGUUGAAUCAGUUUGAUAUCUGGGACCAUGUUCACGGUGCCUGUGUUUGCUUAAUAUUAGACGUGACGGUCGCGCGCGUUGCUUAAGCAUGAGCACAACUGGAUAUCUGUCUUUUGUUUACUGCGGCACCUUAAGAAGAGGCUGAAAUCUGUUCAAUGGUCCGAGUCAAAAAAGGAAUUCCCGUUAGGCAAGCUGCAACAAAUGUAGCUAGCUAGUGGGAUAACGUUGCUUCAAAUUUAGCCUUUUCUUUAUGGACAAGAAAGAAGUGUGAGAGGUGAUCUUCUCAAGUCUCCUGGCUUGGACACGCUGACUAGGCGUGGGUGUGUAAGGUGAAUGUUUUAAUGGAUGCGCUUGACUGCGUGCAGAUUUAGGACCCUGGCCCGAUGGAAAAGAGAGACAGGAAGCCGGGAUAUUUUGCCAGGCUGAAGAGGCGGAGACAGCUCAAGGAGAGCCAGUCCGAGAAGAAUGUGGCUGAGCAGAACCCGGGAAUCAUUUCCUGUCCAGACAUCCCAAAUGACAGCGACCCCAACAGGAAGAAAGACCUGCAGAGAAUAACAGAAAAGCCACCUGCAGGCUCGGAUGAUGGCGGUAAAAGUAAGAAUCAAGCAAAGAGGGAGAAGAAGAGGCCACCAGGGACAGUGGAUUUCAUUGUGGGACCUGAUGACUCCCUCAUCAGCAUCGCGCUCAAGUUCAACAUCACCCCAAACAAACUGGUCCAGCUGAACAAGCUCUUCUCUCGCAGUGUCUACCCCGGUCAGAAGCUGUUUGUCCCCGAUGUGAGCCAGUCAGAAACGGACCUAAGGUCUCAGAGUUCCUCUGAUCCCUCCUUUACAAAUGGCUUAUCAGAGAAAGCAUCUCAUGGCGGCACCGCAAACUGCAUGUCAGCUAAGUCCCUCCGGCGUGAGCUCUCCCCAAACUCUGAGGACGAGAGCCCGGCAACGGUUAAAUUCAUCAAGAUGAGCUGCAAAUAUUUCACUGAUGGCAUGGGAGUGGUGGGAGGCGUGCUGAUCGUCACCCCCAACAACAUCAUGUUUGACCCCCACAAGUCCGACCCCCUGGUGAUCGAGCUUGGUUGCGAGGAGUACGGCCUGAUCUGCCCCAUGGAGGAGGUGGUCUCGGUGGCGCUGUAUGACGACGUGUCGCGCAUGAAGCUCAAAGAUGCUCUGCCAUCAGACCUACCCCAGGAUUUGUGUCCUGUGUACAGGCCCGGCGAGUGGGAGCAACUGCCGUCAGAGCAAGAUCUAAACCCUUUCAGCCGCUAUGAAGCUCUUGAUCCAAAGCGACCAAUCAUCUUGGACGACAUCGAUUCGACCCUCUCAGAAACUGCGAGCACAGAGGGCGAGCAGACAGAGAAGUCUCCGUCAGACGAAGGCUUCACGGAGUUGGAGCCGACCGUCAACGGGAGCAUCGAAGAGGCAGAGGCGAUGUCCAAAACACUCAGCACUGUCAGCAGGGACCAACAGGAACUCGGACCCAGCCGCCCAGGCCGGCCAGACUUUCAGGAAAAGUCGAUUCUUGUUCAAACUAAAGCGAAGCUGGAUGAUGAAGAGGAUGAGGGCGUAGCUCAGAACAACUCUAUUGAGGAUGGAGAGUCAAUACAAUUCUCUUCAGAGACUAAAAAACAGGGUGACUCGCGUCAUAAACCAACAAACCAAGAGGAAACCAAAGAUAUCACAACUAAAGGGACUGAAGAGCUGCUAAAUGGUGCACACGCACAUGAUAAAAGAAUCAGCGCACCACUGGACCAAAACAGGGAAUUGAGUCUGAAGGAGGCUUCCCAGGUUCGUGGAGACUCGAGUCCUAAGAGACAAAGCCCCGACAGACCAGCAGGUGGGGCUGAACUCAGUGAGGAGGAGAAGCGGAAGAAAAGCUAUGAAGCAGAAGUGAAGUCAUGGCUGCUGGAGAGGGUGCAGGCCCCAAUAGAAGACAUGCUUUUUUCAUCCGAGGAGAAGAGUAAAAUCCCACCUAUGUUCCUGUGCUUCAAAGUGGGAAAGCCAAUGAGGAAGUCCUUUGCCACCGGGAUGACCUCUAGUCCCGCCCACUCAUUUGGGGGCCGGGGCAAACAGCCAGAAUACUGGUUUGCUGUGCCACAAGAAAGGGUGGACCAUCUGUACGCAUUUUUCGUCCAGUGGUCUCCGCAUGUGUACGGGAAGGAGGCUCGGGAGCAGGGCUUUGUGGUGGUGGAGAAAGAUGAGCUGGACAUGAUAGACAACUUCUUCAGUGACCCUGCAUCUUGCAGCUGGGAGAUCAUCACCAUUGACGAGGCGAAGCGUAGGCAGAGUUUCAGCAGCUGUGAUGGAGAAUUGCCAGUGGAUGCACUGCCCAUGCUCAGUGAUGCCAGUGAUGUGCUGCAGGACACACACAUUGAGAAGCUUGCCUGUCGCUUGCCCGCGCGUGUGCAGAUUUACCCCUGGAGACUGGCCUACAGCACUGUGAAACAUGGGACCAGCCUGAAGACUCUGUACAGGAGCCUGGCAGACGUGGACAGUCCUGUGUUGCUGGUCAUUAAAGAUAUGGAUAACCAGAUAUUUGGGGCUUUCUCGACUCAUCCCUUCAGAGUGAGCGAACACUGCUACGGCACAGGAGAGACAUUCCUCUACAGCUUCUGUCCUGAGAUCAAGGUGUACCGCUGGACCGGGGAGAAUUCUUACUUUGUGAAGGGCAAUACUGAUUCUCUGCAGAUGGGAGGAGGAGGUGGUCAGCUGGGUCUGUGGCUGGACGCGGAGCUGUACCGAGGCACCACCACCAAAUGUGCCACCUUCAACAACCAGCCACUCUCCGCCCAGCAGGACUUCAACAUCCACAGUGUAGAGGUCUGGACCUUCGAAUAGCCCCACCUGUUUCAAGCUGCGCCUACAUUCACUCGCCCAACACCCCCAAGUCUAUUACGCACCACUUGGAGGCCGAUCUAGCUACCCCACAAUGACACUAAAUGUUCUGUGAGAGACGCCUGUGCAGUUGUGACAGUCUUCUGUAGCCUGUUUUUUAGGUGGGUUUGACUUGCAGGUAGCUUGGCCAGUUCAUGUCUGGUUCCUCUGUACUUCAAAGGUGGAAGUGUGAAAAAAAAUGGUGUUACUCUCAGUUCAUUGGCUGCCUUAGACAUCAGUCAACGCCUCCAGCUUUCCCAGCAUGCAGACUGCCUUACCACCAUAAUCGGAUGAGGAGAGAGAAUAGGAAGGCUGAUGAUGUUACUCUUGGAGUUAUUCUAUAAAAAAAGAUUUCAAGUGUGUAUGGAAGAACAAGGUAUUACAUAAUGCUGUUGGUAAAUUUGUGCAAAGAUAAUGAUGAAUUAGUUUGAUUUGGGAAUGUACAAGAUAAUGUGCUGAAGACUUUUGGAAUAUUUCUUCUUUUCUUUUCUUUUUUUACAAUUCAAUGAAUUUCAAACCUAAAGGAAGAUUCCUUUUUUUUUCCCAGAUGCUCUACCAUUAAAUGAAUUUUCAGAGCAGAACAUGUUGUAAUUGUUUACAAUGGAAGAGUCUCGUUCUCUUCUUUUUUUUUUUUUUUUAGUUUUAGAUGAACUGAAUGAGAUCGUUCCAUCGCAUUUCCUCACAACCAUGUGUGUUUUAGUGUUUUAAUUCCCCACGUACAAUCCAAAACAAGUGGUAAAGCCAGGUUUGCAAUGACCAAAUAUGAUCUUAUUUUAAUUUCACAUAUUUUAUAAAAAUGUUUUAGAUGUUUUAUUUUUACAUUGUUUUGUUUUUUAGGUUGUUUUUUUUUUACAAAGAAUGCUUUUUUUUUUCUAGACGGUUGUACUUUGUUAAAUGUUUCUGAUUGGACCCAACAAGCACUAGAACUGACUGGCUGUCAGUAUUGAAUUCAUAUCUCACGCCGACUGAUUUGAUCUCCUUGAUUAUCAUUUGUCGUUCUUGUUUAGAGAGCCAGUAGAAGUUUAACAUGAUGUCACUUUGCACUGCAGGAUGAAUCGAGAGUCAGUGCUGUGUUUUGUAAUUACGCAUUUCUUCAAUGUAAAAUUGGAUGCUAGUUGAUCAGCACUACAAGAGGGAAGCUUCCUGUCCAACCACAGGUCAGCAUCUGUUCUACUUAAAAAUGAAAAAGGGACAGUCUGGGUUUUUUUUGCACUCUGGUAAGCCACUAACUAAAAACUUCAGAUCUAAUAACACGGAAAAUAAACAAUCCUUUAUAUCCUGUGUAUCCAACACAGGCUUAUAGUGCAUGAAUAUGCGAUACUGCAAAUGUCUGACAUCACUGUUAUACCUACCAUACUAUUCACUAAUGUCAGUCAUCGCUUCAUGUGAAAAUGAGCUUUGUUGUCUUUGUGUUGUAACUGUGAAUGCUUCCUGAGUAUUAUUUCUCGUGAAUCCAAAAACUGCUGUGAUCUCACUAAGGAUCUAUUUAUUGUGUUGUUAUUGCAACCACAUUUAAACCUAAAUAAAUAUUAAAUAU